AUGAGCCGGACGGUAGAGGGGGAACACCCCGACCUGGCCCAGAUACCCAAUGAGCCGGAGGUCACCCCAGCCCGUCUCCCCAGACCCAGCCCCGUCUCCCCAGCCCCGUCACUCCAGCCCCGUCUCCCCAGACCCAGCCCCAUCUCCCCAGCCCCGUCUCCCCGCCCCAUCUCUCCAGCCCCGUCUCUCCAGCCCCGUCAUUCCAGCCCCGUCUCCCCAGACCCAGCCCCGUCUCCCCAGCCCCGUCACUCCAGCCCCGUCACUCCAGCCCCGUCUCCCCAGACCCAUCUCCCCAGCCCCGUCGCCCCAGACCCAGCCCCGUCUCCCCAGCCCCGUCAUUCCAGCCCCGUCACUCCAGCCCCGUCUCCCCAGACCCAGCCCCAUCCCCCAGCCCCGUCACUCCAGCCCCGUCACUCCAGCCCCGUCUUCCCAGCCCCGUCUCCCCGCCCCAUCUCUCCAGCCCCGUCACUCCAGUCCCAGCCCCGUCUCCCCAGACCCAGCCCCGUCUCCCCAGCCCCGUCACUCCAGCCCCGUCACUCCUGCCCCGUCUCCCCAGACCCAGCCCCGUCUCCCCAGCCCCGUCUCCCCGCCCCAUCUCUCCAGCCCCGUCACUCCAGCCCCGUCUCUCCAGCCCCGUCACUCCAGCUCCGUCUCCCCAGACCCAGCCCCGUCACUCCAGCCCCGUAUCUCCAGCCCCGUCACUCCAGCCCCGUCACUCCAGCCCCGUCUCCCCAGACCCAGCCCCGUCUCCCCAGCCCCGUCUCCCCGCCCCAUCUCCCCGCCCCAUCUCUCCAGCCCCGUCACUUAAGCCCUGUCAGUCCAGCCCCGUCACUCCAGCCCCGUCACUCAAGCCCCGUCAGUCAAGCCCCGUCACUCCAGCCCCGUCACUCCAGCCCCGUCCCCCAGCCCCGUCACUCCAGCCCCGUCACUCCAGCCCCGUCACUCCAGCCCCGUCACUCCAGCCCCGUCUCCCCAGACCCAGCCCCGUCUCUCCAGCCCCGUCUCCCCGCCCCAUCCCUCCAGCCCCGUCACUCCAGCCCCGUCUCUCCAGCCCCGUCACUCCAGCUCCGUCUCCCCAGACCCAGCCCCGUCACUCCAGCCCCGUAUCUCCAGCCCCGUCACUCCAGCCCCGUCACUCCAGCCCCGUCUCCCCAGACCCAGCCCCGUCUCCCCAGCCCCGUCUCCCCCGCCCCAUCUCCCCCGCCCCAUCUCUCCAGCCCCGUCACUCAAGCCCCGUCAUUCAAGCCCCGUCACUCCAGCCCCGUCACUCCAGCCCCGUCUCCCCAGCCCCGUCACUCCAGCCCCGUCACUCCAGCCCCGUCACUCCAGCCCCGUCUCCCCAGACCCAGCCCCGUCUCUCCAGCCCCGUCUCCCCCGCCCCAUCUCUCCAGCCCGUCACUCCAGCCCGUCUCCCUGGCCCGUCUCCCCCGCCCCAUCUCUCCAGCCCCGUCACUCCAGCCCCGUCUCCCCAGCCCCGUAUCCCCGCCCCAUCUCCCCGCCCCAUCUCUCCAGCCCCGUCACUUAAGCCCCGUCAGUCCAGCCCCGUCACUCCAGCCCCGUCACUCAAGCCCCGUCAGUCAAGCCCCGUCACUCCAGCCCCGUCACUCCAGCCCCGUCUCCCCCGCCCCAUCUCUCCAGCCCCGUCACUCCAGCCCCGUCACUCCAGCUCCGUCUCCCCAGACCCAGCCCCGUCACUCCAGCCCCGUAUCUCCAGCCCCGUCACUCCAGCCCCGUCACUCCAGCCCCGUCUCCCCAGACCCAGCCCCGUCUCCCCAGCCCCGUCUCCCCCGCCCCAUCUCCCCCGCCCCAUCUCUCCAGCCCCGUCACUUAAGCCCCGUCAGUCCAGCCCCGUCCUCCAGCCCCGUCACUCAAGCCCCGUCAGUCAAGCCCCGUGUGUCCAGCCCCGUCACUCCAGCCCCGUCUCCCCAGCCCCGUCACUCCAGCCCCGUCACUCCAGCCCCGUCACUCCAGCCCCGUCACUCCAGCCCCGUCUCCCCAGACCCAGCCCCGUCUCUCCAGCCCCGUCUCCCCGCCCCAUCUCUCCAGCCCCGUCACUCCAGCCCCGUCUCCCUGGCCCGUCUCCCCCGCCCCAUCUCUCCAGCCCCGUCACUCCAGCCCCGUCUCCUCAGCCCCGUCUCCCCGCCCCAUCUCUCCCGCCCCGUCAUUCCAGCCCCGUCAUUCCAGCCCCGUCAGUCCAGCCCCAUCUCCCCAGCCCCGUCACCCCAGCCCCAUCUCUCCAGCCCCGUCACUCCAGCCCCGCCACUCCAGCCCCGUCACACCUGCCCCGUCCCCCAGCCCCGUCUCCCCUGCCCCGUCUCCCCAGCCCCGUCUCCCCCGCCCCGUCACUCCAGCCCCGUCUCCCCUGCCCCGUCUCCCUGCCCCGUCUCCCCAGCCCCGUCUCCCCCGCCCCGUCUCUCCAGCCCCGUCACUCCAGCCCCGUCUCCCCGCCCCUUCUUCCCAGCCCCGUCUCCCCUGCCCCGUCUCCCCUGCCCCGUCUCCCCAGCCCCGUCUCUCCAGCCCCGUCCUCCCAGCCCCGUCACUCCAGCCCCGUCUCCCUGCCCCAUCCCCUGCCCGUUUCCCCAGCCCCGUCUCCCCAGCCCCGUCUCCCCUGCCCCGUCUCCCCAGCCCCGUCUCCCCGCCCCGUCACUCCAGCCCCGUCUCUCCAGCCCCGUCUUCCCAGCCCCGUCAAUCCAGCCCCGUCACCCCUGCCCCGUCUCCCCAGCCCCGUCUCCCCCGCCCCGUCACUCCAGCCCCGUCACUCCAGCCCCGUCUCCCCCGCCCCUUCUUCCCAGCCCCGUCUCCCCUGCCCCGUCUCCCCUGCCCCGUCUCCCCAGCCCCGUCUCUCCAGCCCCGUCUCCCCAGCCCCCUCUUUCCAGCCCCGUCUCCCCUGCCCCGUCUCCCCAGCCCCGUCACUCCAGCCCCGUCUCCCCUGCCCCGUCCCCCUGCCCGUUUCCCCAGCCCCGUCUCCCCAGCCCCGUCUCCCUGCCCCGUCUCCCCAGCCCCGUCUCCCCGCCCCGUCACUCCAGCCCCGUCUCUCCAGCCCCGUCUUCCCAGCCCCGUCAAUCCAGCCCCGUCACCCCUGCCCCGUCUCCCCUGCCCCGUCUCCCCAGCCCCGUCUCCCCAGCCCCGUCUCCCCUGCCCCGUCUCCCCAGCCCCGUCGCCCCUGCCCCGUCCCCCUGCCCCGUCACCCCAGCCCCGUCUCCCCAGCCCCGUCACUCCAGCCCCGUCACCCCUGCCCCGUAUCCCCAGCCCCGUCUCCCCAGCCCCGUCUCCCCAGCCCCGUCCCUCCAGCCCCGUCACCAGUCUCUCUCCAUCCCCCCUCCAGCACCAACUUAA